AUGUUUGCAGCUGCUCACGAGCUGCUGCUGUAUCAGCAGACGUUGUGGUCGGAGAUUCGCUCUGGUACUACUACUCCUACUACUACAGACGAGACAUUGACGACGGGGUGGAGCGAGCAGAGUAAAGCGACGAUAUCGCCAUCAGUGGUUGGCCACUUGAUGGCCAAGAUGAUGCACAGGAAAAAGCACGGUCAAGUGCUGGCGCUUGCACGCGCGUAG